CACAGGCAAAGCUUGGCGCAAUAAGCUUUCCAUUGUCAAAACCUCAGACAAAGCUCAAAGCUUUCUGCAACUGCAACCGAAUCCCACUUGCCUCUGAACCUAGCCCCAUCCUUAAUGGCUCGCUCUGGCCCAGAUCACGAGCUCAACCACACAGAAUCCUCACAGACCCGCCUCUACAACCCCUACCAAGACUUGAACGUUCCAAUCCAGACCCUCUACCAGCUUCCAACCUCUCCGGAGUUCCUAUUCACGGAAGAAUCUCUCCGUCAGCGCCGCUCCUGGGGCGAAAACCUCACCUUUUACACCGGUUCUGCCUAUAUCUCCGCCUCUAUCGGUGGCGGUUCCAUCGGGUUUUUCUCUGCCCUCAAAUCCUUCGAACCCACUGAUACUUUGAAGCUGAAGGUGAAUAGGAUUCUGAACUCGUCGGGCCACUCCGGGCGAGUCUGGGGAAAUCGGAUCGGAGUGGUGGGUUUGAUAUAUGCCAUGACGGAGAGUGGAAUCGUGGCGAUAACGGAUAGGGACGAUGUUUGGACCAGCAUGGCUGCGGGGCUUGGAACAGGGGCUGUGUGCAGAGCGGCGAGAGGAGUGAGGUCGGCUGCGGUAGCUGGUGCAUUGGGAGGGGUGGUGGCUGGGGCUGCGGUGGCGGGGAAGCAGACAUUGAAGAGGUAUGCAAUGAUAUAAAGUACAGAGAGACAGCUUGCAAAUUGAGUUUAGGACAUCAGUUCUUAUUUGUUUUUACGUUUACAAGUUCUCUCUGUUCAAUUGUUUAUAGUGAAUUUGUUAGCCAUAUAAUGGUAAAGUUGAUUGCAAAAUUCAUGAAGGUUAUAAGAACGUUGUAAUCUGAAACUACUGAAGUUCAUGUCAUGUAAAUGGAAAUACCUUAUUGUCUUGGUGAAAA